GUUACGGGGAGUGGAAAAUACCAGCCAGUUGGCUCCCCCUCACUCCCCCCAGAUACAUUGUACGCUCGCACACUCACGCUCGCACACUCACGGGCUUCCCAAGGGCCUUUCUGUUUCAGAAGGCUCCCUGAGCCACAGCUCGAUCUGAGGCAGGUCCUUCAGCUGCUCUUGCAAACUGAGGAGGCUGGUUCGGCUUGCUUGCGUAGGAACUCGGGCUGUCCGAUCAGUCUAAGCCAGAGAUACCCAGCAAAGAGAAGGGGCAUCAUCUCACAGCCACUGCGAGAUCUUCACCUGACCAGAAAAUAGAUUUUUACAAAAGGUGGGUGAAGGCCUCAGUUUGAAGAAUGUGGUCGUCCUGUGCGCCGUACAGAAACCAGCGGUAUGUGGAUCUGAAGCAGGAGUGCAGGGAGGCGAAGACGCUGUUUGAGGACCCAGAGUUUCCAGCAACAAACAGCUCCCUCUUCUACCGGAAACCCCCCCCUGGGCGUGUCGAAUGGAAGCGGCCAAAGGAGAUCUGUGACGACCCUCGCCUCUUUGUCGAGGGAAUCAGUGCCCAUGACCUUAACCAGGGCAAACUGGGGAACUGCUGGUUUGUGGCAGCCUGCUCCUGCCUGGCUCUCCGACCAGACCUAUGUAAGAAGGUAAUUCCUAAUUUGAAGGAGCAGGAGUGGGACCUCAGCCACCCUGAGAACUACGUUGGCAUCUUUCACUUCCAGUUCUGGAUCUUCGGAGCGUGGCUGGAUGUCGUCGUUGACGACCGUCUACCGACGAUCAACGGGGAGCUCAUAUACUGCCACUCCAAGACACGUAACGAGUUCUGGAGUGCCUUACUGGAGAAGGCUUACGCUAAGCUGUCACUGUGCUACGAGUCCCUAGACGGCGGGAAUGCGGCAGACGCCGUUGUGGAUUUCACCGGGGCGGUGGCUGAGUCCAUCGACCUCGAGAAGGGAAAGUACGCCACCGAGACGCCGGGCCGGGUGAAGCUCUUUGAAGACCUUCUCAAAGUGUUUGAGCGGGGCGGCAUCAUCAGCUGCUCCAUUAAGGCAUCCCCAGACGAGAUGGAAAUGCAUUUGCCCAGCGGCUUGGUGAAAGGCCACGCCUACUCUGUGACAGCCGUCCGGAAGGCCCGGCUCAGACAAGGCCUACUGGAAGCCGGUCUGAAGCCGGAGAAGCUUCCCAUGAUCCGCUUGAGGAACCCGUGGGGGAAGACUGAAUGGAACGGUCCAUGGAGCGACAGCUCAGAGGAGUGGCGGAAGGUAGGAGAAGCUGACCGGGAGGCCCUGGGAAUCACAGUAGCAGAUGAUGGGGAAUUUUGGAUGCAGUUUGAUGACUGGUGUACGCACUUUUCCGACGUCGAUAUGUGCCGCCUCAUCAACACCUCCCUGCUGAGCUUCCACAAAACGUGGAGCGAGGUGGUUCUCUUCGGCAGCUGGGUCAGGCAUGCGGAGGCCCUGAAGAACCGUUGCGGCGGCUGCAUGAACCACCGGCAGACCUUCCUCCAGAACCCACAGUAUAUUUUUGACGUGGUGAAAGAGGAAGAUGACGUGCUGAUAUCCCUUCAGCAGAGAGACACGAAAGUGCACCGGCCGGCGGGCGAGGGUGACAAUCUCACCAUUGGCUUUGCUGUUUUUAAGGUGGAGCUUAACAGGGAGUACAGGAUACACAACAUCAUAACCCAGCAGAGCGUAGCAGCUUCCACCUACAUAAACAGUCGCACCGUGUUCAUGAGGAAAACUCUUCCCAAAGGCCGUUAUGUUGUCAUUCCUUCGACAUUUAGGCCAGGGGUUCUGGGAGAAUUCAUGCUAAGGAUAUUUACGGAUGCUUAUUCUGGCUGCAGGGAACUGGCACUGGACAAGCCAGCCAUGACAUGCUGCAGCUGGCUCCAGGGGUAUCCCAGGCUGCUCACACAGAUCUACGUCCACGGAGCUGAGGGGCUGGAGGAGCAGGACAGAGACGGGGGAGCGGACCCCUAUGUAAUUAUAGAGUGUGAUGGAGAUUCGGUUCGGUCCACAGUCCAGAACAACACACUGGAGCCAGUCUUUGACACCAGAGCCAUAUUUUACAGGAGGAAUCCCACAAAGCCAAUUACAGUGCAGGUAUGGAACAGCAAUCUGGUGAAAGACCAGUUUAUGGGGCAGGUGGUCCUGGCUGCCUCCCUAAAGGACUCAUCAGAGGCACAGAGGCUGAGGCUGAAAAAGAGAGGCGCUGAAAGAGACGAGGACAUGCCGGGCAGCGUCAGCCUGCGGGUCGUCAGCUCCAGCAAGCUGACGGACAUGUGACACAGCGAAUCAGCUGCACCGGUCCUCCUCGACACCCGGCCGAAGGGACUGGCCCGUAAUACACAGACGCGGCCCUGCCACCUCCAGUCUUAGCGUAGCGGGAAACAGCGAACAGGUGGCCUUCCCUUUGGUGUAUCACUUUGUACAAACACAUUUCUUAAAGCAAAUAUCUGAUAAUAUCAUCCCACUAGACUUUGCACAAUGUGCAAUUAUUAAAAUCAUUGCACAUAAUAAAGGAGUUAUUUACUGAAAUAACACUUACAGUGGUUUCAUUUAACAUUUUUUUUUCUAAUAAUCAAUGUAUUAACCAAUGUACAGUUUAACUUUCCAUUCUUUUGGUUAAUCCUGGAAAAAAAUGUAAUUUAACCUUUGUUAUUAUCUUGAAUGGACAAAAACAUCUGAAAUAGUUUGCAAUGAAAAGUAAGUUUAUUGAAAACAAA